AUGUUCGUCGUCAGCCGGCGCACCCCACUGUGGAAGCAUCCUCCCUCCGCGCCGGCCAAGAACGUGGCGCUCAUCGCGGAAGGGAACCAGCGCAUGCGCCUCUUCAUACAGUGGCUCCGCACGCACCCCGACCCCCGAGUCCGAAACGACCCCGACGUCCGCCGACUGGUGUGCAGGUGGGACGCCAAAAGGACCUUCGUCAGGCCGAUUCCCCCGUCCGAGGGCGUCGCCGCCUACACUCGCAACAAGGGGACCGACCUCAUGCUGUGCGUGCCCGACGACGAGAAGGAGUCCAAAGACUACAACACCAUGACCUUCGUGCUGGAACAGGCUGUGCCGGUCCCACCCGUCGACGGUCAGACCGAAGCGAUCGGAGUAGUCCGCGUCGGACAGAACAUCGCCCCCGAACUUCACGAACUUCACGUCGAGCCUGUCGAGGCGACCGAUAGCGGGCUGCACAUGGCAAGUGGCACCGAACAGGUGGUCCGCGACGAGGGACACGGUCGUAGCAGAGGAGACCCAGUUCUCGUAGGCGAGGACGCAAGUGGCGCCGGAUGA